GUGUGCGCCGAGUCCACCCUCUGACAUUCAAUGACAGUUUUUCUUUGAUAACACGGGAAGUUAAACUGUAAAUUAUCCACCAUGCAAAGAGCCACACAUACAGCUUUAUACGACUGGUCUCAGAUUGUCGGUCCAGUGAUGAUACGCCAGUGUUUAAAAUGCAGAGCGCCCCUGGGGCAGAGCUCACGUGCCUACAGCAUAGUUCCGCCCCCGCGCGACAGCGACGAGAAAGAGAUGCUGCACCGAAUCCUGCGCGUGGACCACGCGGGUGAAUAUGGUGCCAACCGCAUCUACGCCGGACAGAUGGCAGUGUUGGGUCGAUCCAGGACCGCACCUCUCAUCCAGGAAAUGUGGAACCAAGAGAAGAAACACCUUGAGAAAUUCAAUGAAAUUCUGGCAGAGAACAGAGUUAGGCCUACAGCACUGUUACCCCUCUGGAAUGUUGCUGGGUUUGUAUUAGGGGCGUCCACUGCACUGCUGGGGAAAGAAGGGGCCAUGGCGUGCACGGUGGCGGUGGAGGAGAGUAUCUCAGAGCACUACAACAGUCAGAUAAGAGCUCUGAUGGAGAAAGACCCAGAGAGAUACACUGAACUUUUAAACGUUAUUAAAGAAUUCAGAGACGAUGAGAUGGACCAUCAUGAUACAGGACUGGAGCAUGAUGCUGAAACACUACCUGGAUACUGGCUACUUAAAAAUGUAAUACAGUUAGGCUGCAAAGCUGCAAUAUAUGUUUCUCAGCGUGUCUAACUCUGUAUUUAAAAGUUACAUUUUUCAAGAGUUUGUUUUGAUAUCUUGACUCAGUUUUUGUAAAUGGGUUAAAUUGAACUGUUUGUUGUUGUACCAGUUUUGCCAGAUUGCAAGUGUUGUAUACAAACAUUCACAGUUAUCUACAUGAACCUGAAUUUUUAUUGCUUUGUACAGUAUAUAAUUCAUGGACUGUUUAAGUUGGUGGAGGUGACCUUCCUGAAUUAAAUGGCAGAACUCUACUCUGCUUUGUGAG